AUGGCGGGGAUGCUAACUAACUGUGGUGUACAUCGUUGUGAUUGUAUAGUUUCUCUCUUGAUUAUAGGACAGGCAGAAUUAUGUCAUAAAGUUUCUGAAGGAUUACAUGAAAGUGCAAAAGGAAGAAAAUGGCAUAUUGUUGUACAUCAAUGUGAAUUUGUUACUGAAAUCACACAAUUAAAUAUAAGUCUUAAUGUAGAUUUUAUUAUUUUUGCUUUUGAUUGGAGAACUACUCAGUCUUUAUCUGAAGUAGAAACAAAUAUAAGUCUCAUAGAUGAACAUUAUAUUAUUUCUGGAGCUGUAUGUUUUGUAAAUUGCCAAGGAAUUUCAAAUAUUAUGGGGUUGACUUCCUACAAAUCAGCAAAAAUACGAGAGAAAUACAACAUUAGAUUUUUAUCUGCUAAUGUUUUUAAGCCACAAAUUUGUGUUCAAUUAGGUAAUAGAAUAUUAAAUUUAGUAGAAGCUAUAUUAGGCAUAACAAGUGGAAUUCCUACUGUUGGACUAUUAGUAUAA